GCCAAACGUUUGUCAAAGCAACAGCAGAUCUACAGUCAAGAUAAAUCUCUGUGUUUCUAUCAGAAGAAAAACCUAAUCAAGUUCAUCAGGAUAUUUUCUACAACUGCUCAAAUACUGUGUGUAGACAUGUCUGCUGCCAGCAACCUGAGAUCUGAGGAUCAGUUUCUGUGCUCCAUCUGUCUGGAUGUGUUCACUGAUCCAGUCUCCACACCAUGUGGACACAACUACUGCAAAAACUGCAUCACGUCACACUGGAGAAUUAAUGUCCCGUCCCAGUGUCCCAUGUGUAACAAGGUUUUCAACACAAGACCCGAACUUCACAUCAACACUUUCAUCUCUGAGAUGGUUGCUCAGUUCAAACAGGAAGCUCAACAGAAAGCCAGCAGCAGCAGCUCAGAGCAACAAGUUGCCAAACCAGGAGAAAUUUCCUGUGACGUCUGCACUGGAACCAAACUGAAGGCCCUGAAGUCCUGCCUGGUGUGUCUGACCUCCUACUGUGAGACUCACCUGGAGCCUCAUCUGACAGCGUCAGGCCUGAAAAGACAUCAGCUGAUGGACCCUGUGGAGAACCUGGAAGACAGGAUGUGUACGAAGCACGAUAAACCUCUGGAGCUGUUCUGUAAGACCGACCAGACAUGUGUCUGCAUGCUCUGCUCUGUUUUAGACCACAGGACACAUGAGUUUGUUCCUCUGAAAGAAGAAUAUGAAGGAAAGAAGGCAGAGCUGGAGAAGACAGAGGCUGAAAUUCAGCAGAUGAUCCAGAAGAGACGACUGAAGAUUGAGGAGAUCAAACACUCAGUCAAGAUCAGUAAAGAUGAUGCAGACAGAGAGAAAGCAGAAGGUGUUCAGGUCUUCACUGCUCUGAAGGAGUCUGUUGACAGAGGCCUGAACCAGCUCAUAAAGGAGAUGGAAGAGAAACAGAAAACCACAGAGAAACAGGCUGAAGACUUGAUCACAGAGCUGGAACAGGAAAUCUCUGAGCUGAUGAAGAGAAGCACUGAGGUGGAGCAGCUCUCACUCUCUGAAGACCACCUCCACCUCCUCCAAAACUUCCCAUCCCUGAAAGCUGCUCCACCCACCAAGGACUGGACAGAGGUCAGAGUCCGUCCACCAUCAUAUGAGGGGACUGUGGUGAGAGCUGUGGCUCAGCUGGAGGAGACGCUCAGUAAAGAGAAGAAGAAGCUGAUUGAGGCUGAGCUGAAGAGGGUCCAGCAGUAUGCAGUGGAUGUGACUCUGGAUCCUGAUACAGCAAAUCCCUGGCUCAUCCUGUCUGAUGGUGGGAAACGUGUUCACUGUGGUGAUGUGAAGAAAAAUCUUCCGGACAAUCCAAAGAGAUUUUCUCACAGUGUUAAUGUUCUAGGAAAGCAGAGUUUCUCUUCAGGCAGAUUUUACUUUGAGGUUCAGGUUAAAGGAAAAACUAAAUGGACUUUAGGAGUGGCCAGAGAGUCGAUCAAGAGGAAGGGAAACAUCACAUUCACACCUGAAGAUGGUUACUGGACGAUAUGGUUGAGAAAUGGAAAUGAGUACAGUGCACUUAUUGGUUCUCCACUCCGUCUCUCUCCGAAGUCUGGUCCUGAGAAAGUGGGGGUGUUUGUGGAUUAUGAGGAGGGUCUGGUCUCCUUUUAUGACGUAGAUGCUGCAGCUCUCAUCUACUCCUUUACUGGCUGCUCCUUCACUGAGAAACUCUACCCAGUCUUCAGUCCAUGUACCAAUGAUGGUGGUAAAAACUCUGCUCCUCUGAUCAUCUGUCCUGUCAAUCAAACUGUCUGAUCUUUUUAUGAUGAAACAGUCAACAAUGAAUAAACUUAUUAAAGUCAUCUUUCCAUUUGAUGUCUACACUGUAAAUAUACAGCAGACAAAGUAUCUAUACUACAGCAGUGGUACAGAUGUAAAGACGAGGAUGCCAGUGGAUCAGAGACAUAAAAACAAACCAAACAAUGAAACUGAUCAGUUUUUAAAUGAAAACAUUCACUGUCUUUUAUGGGAACUAAUGUUCACAUUCAGUGGUAAUGUACAGUGGAAACAUGUUUCCAUCUGAAAAUAGUUAAUGUGUUCAGUUGUCCUAUUUUUGUAUGUUUGUUACCAUUUAAUGUUUCAAAUCACACAGUCACUGGUAUUAAGGUUUUUUUUUUUAAUUGUAAGGAAAUCUAGGGAGAAGAACAUAAAUUAAUUUUCUGGCAUCUGCCAUGUUCUGUAUUGUAGUGAUAAGCUAAUAUUAUUGUCAGUCUGUAAAUUACUGAGCUGGUCUGUGAGUUACUUUGCUGUGGCUAUAAUUCUGUUGAUCUCUAUAGAUGUUAACAGGGACGAUGUCUUUUCCACCUUUUAUUGUGGUAACAGACACAUUUUGAUAAUAUACAGAAGCCAAACCAUUUUACAGCUGAACAGGGUCAGUAUCAGUAAACAACCAUGUGCCUUCACAACAACAACAGAUAUUAAAUGUUUGUGUUUCUUUUAUUUCAACAUGGUAAAUUUUAAAUUGUAAAUUUCCCCAUUGUGGGACUAAUAAAGGAUUACCUUAUCUCUUAAA